AUUCAAAAAUUAAUUUAAAAAAAAAAGAAUUCAAAACGAAAAUUUGAAAUUCUGAUACAGGUCUUUAAAAAAAAACCAAUGGCUUACAAGAGAUUGGAUCCUUUAAGAUCUCUUUUUUUGCUAUGUGAUGUUCAAGAAAAAUUUCGUAAUGUAAUGCCCCUUUUUGGUAACAUGGUUCAGAAUAUCAAUAAACUUCUUCAAGUUGGAAGAGCAUUGGAUGUUCCACUGAUUGUCACUGAACAAUAUCCAAAAGGGCUUGGAAACACUGUAAAAGAAAUAAGCUUAAACAAUGCAUUAGCUGUUAUCCCGAAAACAAAAUUUACGAUGUAUGUGCCAGAAAUGCAUUGUUUCAUUGAAGAACUUGUAUCAAAAGGUCCAAUCGAGGUGAUUAUAUUUGGCCUGGAAACACAUGUUUGUGUCUUACAAUCGGCAAUGGAUUUCAUGGAAAACGAUUAUAGUGUUCAUGUUGUGGCAGAUUGUUGUUGUUCACGUUUGAAUCAGGAUCGUGAUGUGGCUCUGAAUCUCUUGCGACAAAUGGGAUGUUAUGUUCAAACAAGUGAGUCAGUGAUUUUUAAUCUAAUUCAAGACAAAACUCAUCCAAAAUUUGAAGCUGUGAAGAACGCAGUCAAUACUUCUUCAGCGGAUAUGGAACUUUCUCAAUGUGUUGAAAGAAAUUUAAACUUAGUUGAUUUUGAGAAAAAAGAAAAUAAAGAGGUGGUUAAAAAUAGCUCGAUUCCUAAAACUGAAUCGAAGAUAUUGAAGGAUGAAAGUUAGGCUAAAACUAAUCGGAAAUAAACAAGAAAAAAAA